AGUAAGUGCAAUUGUGACAAGGAAGAGUUCACUUUCAAGGCAGAGAUGAGCAUGGAACAGUCGGAACACUUGCUGCCAGAAUGUUUCCCUACUCUUCACAAUGACACAUUUCUUCGUGCUGCUCGCGGUGAGGAGUGCAACCAUGUUCCAGUUUGGUGUAUGAGGCAGGCAGGGAGGUAUCUGCCAGAGUUUCGGGAGACACGUGCUGGACAGGAUUUCUUUGCAUCCUGUCGGAGCCCUGAAAUCUGCUGUGAACUCACACUACAGCCCCUGCGGAGGUUUCCUCUUGAUGCUGCUAUCAUUUUCUCAGACAUCCUUGUGAUACCACAGGCGCUGGGAAUGGAGAUCCGGAUGGAACCUGGAAGGGGGCCUGUAUUCCCUGAACCAUUACAGACCCCACAGGACCUGCAGAAACUUAGAAGUUCAGUGGAUGUGUCAGAGGAGCUGGGUUAUGUAUUUCGUGCCAUCACACUUACACGGCACAAACUAGAAGGAAAGGUGCCCCUAAUUGGAUUUACUGGUGCACCGUGGACUUUGAUGACCUACAUGAUAGAAGGAGGAGGAUCUAACACUAUGUCCAAAGCAAAGCGCUGGCUGUACCAACACCCCUCCGCCAGCCACCAGCUACUGAAACAACUCACUGAUGUUAUUGUGGAAUAUUUGGUGGGCCAGGUAGCAGCAGGUGCACAGGCCUUGCAAGUGUUCGAGUCCCAUGCUGGCUGUCUUGGACCUCAACAGUUCUCUGAUUUUUCUCUCCCGUAUCUCAAAGAUAUUUCCCGCAGAGUAAAACAUAAACUGAAAGCCGAGGGACUGAAUCAGGUGCCCAUGAUUGUCUUUGCUAAAGAUGCCCAUUAUGCACUGGAGGAUCUGUCCCAGUCUGACUACGAGGUGGUAGGAUUGGACUGGACAAUUCGACCUCAGGAAGCCCGGGAACGCACAGGCAAAAGAGUGACUCUUCAGGGCAAUAUGGAUCCCUGCGCUUUGUAUGCCAGCAAGGGGGAUAUUGAGAAGACUGUGAAGAAGAUGAUAGAAGGCUUUGGCCGUCGUGGGUACAUUGCAAAUCUGGGCCAUGGAUUGUACCCAGAUAUGGAUCCAGAUCAUGUGGGGGCAUUUAUAUCAGCAGUGCACAAAUAUUCACAGCAAAAGGAGAAUUAAUUGGAACAAGUGACUGUCUGGACUAGCAGGUGUGACAGUUCAGGUGUCAUUGGGCCUGUUUAAUCAUAAUGUUUUUUGGACUGACCACUACUGCCAGUGAUGUUAAAUACUUUUCUAAGGACAUUUGGCAGCGGGGGGGUCGUCCCUGAAUUUAGUUUAUAUUAAAUGUUACUUCUAUGAUGAUAUGUAAAGUCGGUAGAACUUUGGAUAAAUAAACAGAUGAAUUAUGGUAUA